AGAGAUGAUUGAGUUCAAAGUAUCUGCACCGGGCAAGAUAAUUUUAUUCGGAGAACACGCCGUGGUGUAUGGAAAAACUGCUAUAGCGACCAGUUUAAACUUACGUACUAAUGUUAAAUUCACUGAACUGAAUAAAUCACAAGAUUUAAAGAACAUCAUUAAGAUAGAGUUCCCUGAUAUCAAAUUAUUUUUUAAUCUUCCUUUUUGUGUAUUUCAAAACUACUUCUUUAACGAUAAUUUCGAUUAUUUGAUGAUCAAGAACAAUGAUGAAUUGCAUAAAUGUGUGAAUGAUUUUCUCAAUUCAAUAGAGAAUCUAAUAGACAAAAGCAAUAAUGAAAUGAUUGAAGAACAAAAAUUAAGUUUACGAGCGUUCUUUUAUUUGCUCGUUUAUAUCGCUUAUGAAGAACAUAUCGAUAUAAAAGAAACUUCCUUCCACGUGCAUUUGUCUACGGAAUUAAAAGUUGGCAGUGGUCUGGGCAGUUCGGCAUCGUUCGCAGUAUCUUUGGCAGCAUGUUUUCUACAUUGGUUGCUUCUACAGAAGGGCGAUCACUCUGCAUUUAACAAGGAUGAGCUUGAUAAGAUUUCGAAAUACGCUCUAAACUGCGAGCAAAUUAUGCAUGAGUCUCCAUCCGGAAUCGACAAUAGCGUAUGCACAUAUGGUUCGGUAAUAAAAUUUCAACAGAAAAAACUAGUGGAUAUGUUAUCAUGUAUGUCGAAUCUGAAGAUUUUACUGAUCAAUUCAAAUAUUAUUCGGAGCACAAAAGAUCAAGUUAAACGAGCAGCGCAUUUGAAGAAUUUAUAUCCUGAAAUCAUCACUCCUGUCUUGGAUAGUAUCGAUGCUCUAUCGCAAAAUGCUUGGGAAAUACUUAAAGAAAUGAGCAAUAAUGCCGAUAAAUCUACAGAAUCUAUGAAACAAGAUUGGUUUAAAAAGUUAUCGGUUCUUAUCCAUAUGAAUCAAGGAUUACUAACCGCAUUAGAUGUGUCACAUCCAAAAUUGGAAAUAAUUUGUGCAGUGGCAUGGUCGAAUUUAUAUGCAGCGAAGCUGACGGGUGCUGGUGGAGGUGGAUAUGCGUACAUUUUGUUGCCGUCAGACAUUAAAAGCGAAUCCAUUGAUUCUUUUUCAAAACAAUUAGAGAAAAAGGGUUUUGAUGUCACGAUGACCAGUCUAGGUGGCAGUGGAGUGAGAAUUGAACAUUAAUGAAAUAAAUGAUUUACGUACGUUAGUAACUAAAUAUGAAUAAUUCGAAUAACGAUUAUAUAAUGACGUUCUUUGUGAAAAAACAGGAAAGUACAAUUUUAUAUAUAAUAUUCUGUAUAUAUACAGAAAUAAUA